CUGCGGCACGGACGACGCAGCCUCCUCCGGCGGCGGCCGCGGCAUAGGCGCCGGCGCUCCCGCCUGCCCCGCAGUCCGGCCCAGGAGCGCGCCCACCCAUGGCCCUCGGGCCGCCACCCCUGCGCCCAGCCCCGAGCGCAGCCGCCGCCACCGCCGCUCGCCCAGGGCCCGCGUAGCCCCCGACUCGGGCGCGAUGCCGAACGCCUCCGGCCUGGACAGAGCUCUUAAGAUGUCCCUGCCCCGAAGGUCGAGGAUCCGCUCGUCCGUUGGACCUGUUCGUCCUUCUUCGGGCUACAAGAAGGCAGAGGAUGAGAUGUCCCGGGCCACGUCUGUUGGAGACCAGCUGGAGGCACCAGCCCGCACCAUUUACCUCAACCAACCGCAUCUCAACAAAUUCCGUGACAACCAGAUCAGUACGGCCAAGUACAGCGUGUUGACGUUUCUACCUCGAUUCUUGUAUGAGCAGAUUAGAAGAGCUGCUAAUGCCUUCUUCCUCUUCAUUGCCUUACUACAGCAAAUUCCAGACGUAUCUCCAACAGGAAGAUAUACCACCCUGGUGCCAUUGAUCAUUAUUUUAACAAUUGCAGGCAUCAAAGAGAUUGUGGAAGAUUUUAAGCGGCAUAAGGCAGACAAUGCAGUGAAUAAAAAGAAAACAAUAGUGUUAAGAAAUGGUAUGUGGCAUACCAUUAUGUGGAAAGAGGUGGCAGUGGGAGACAUUGUGAAGGUCGUCAAUGGGCAGUACCUCCCAGCAGACAUGGCCCUGCUGUCCUCCAGUGAACCUCAGGCAAUGUGUUACGUCGAAACAGCUAAUCUAGAUGGGGAGACGAACCUUAAAAUACGUCAGGGUCUGAGUCACACUGCCGACAUGCAAACAAGGGAAGUAUUGAUGAAGUUAUCUGGAACUAUAGAAUGUGAGGGACCUAACCGUCAUCUCUAUGACUUCACUGGAAACUUGCACAUAGAUGGGAAAAGCCCUGUUCCCCUUGGGCCUGACCAGAUCUUAUUAAGAGGUACACAGCUUAGAAAUACUCAGUGGGUCUUUGGCAUAGUUGUUUAUACUGGACACGACACCAAACUCAUGCAGAAUUCCACAAAAGCACCUCUCAAAAGAUCAAAUGUUGAGAAAGUGACUAAUGUGCAGAUCCUGGUGUUGUUUGGCAUCCUCUUGGUCAUGGCCUUGGUGAGCUCGGUGGGGGCCCUGUACUGGAAUGGGUCCCAAGGUGGAAAGAACUGGUACAUCAAGAAGAUGGACACAACCUCGGAUAAUUUCGGAUAUAACUUGUUGACAUUCAUCAUCUUGUACAAUAAUCUUAUUCCCAUCAGUCUGUUGGUGACCCUUGAGGUUGUGAAAUACACUCAAGCCCUUUUUAUAAACUGGGACACAGACAUGUAUUAUCUAGGAAAUGACACUCCUGCAAUGGCCAGAACCUCAAACCUUAAUGAAGAGCUUGGGCAGGUAAAAUACCUAUUUUCUGAUAAAACUGGAACUCUCACAUGCAAUAUCAUGAACUUCAAGAAGUGUAGCAUUGCUGGAGUUACCUAUGGUCAUUUUCCAGAAUUGACAAGAGAACCAUCGUCAGAUGAUUUUUGCCGGAUUCCUCCUCCCCCUAGUGACUCAUGCGACUUUGAUGACCCCAGGCUCUUGAAGAACAUUGAAGAUCAUCACCCCACAGCUCCGUGCAUACAGGAGUUUCUCACGCUCCUGGCCGUGUGCCACACCGUGGUCCCCGAGAAGGAUGGAGAUAACAUCAUCUACCAGGCCUCCUCCCCAGAUGAAGCUGCGUUGGUGAAGGGAGCUAGGAAGCUGGGUUUUGUCUUCACGGCCAGAACACCAUACUCGGUCAUCAUAGAAGCAAUGGGACAGGAACAGACAUUUGGAAUCCUUAACGUGCUGGAAUUUUCUAGUGACAGAAAAAGAAUGUCUGUGAUUGUUCGGACUCCUUCCGGCCAACUGCGGCUCUACUGUAAGGGGGCUGAUAAUGUCAUUUUUGAGAGACUCUCAAAAGAUUCAAAAUACAUGGAGGAAACGCUGUGCCAUCUGGAAUAUUUUGCCACGGAAGGCUUGAGGACUCUGUGUGUGGCUUACGCCGACCUCUCUGAGCAUGAGUAUGAGGAGUGGCUGAAAGUCUAUCAAGAAGCCAGCACGAUACUGAAAGACCGAGCUCAGCGGUUGGAAGAGUGCUAUGAGAUCAUAGAGAAGAAUUUACUGUUACUUGGAGCCACAGCCAUAGAAGACCGCCUUCAGGCAGGCGUUCCAGAAACCAUAGCAACUCUACUGAAGGCAGAAAUUAAAAUCUGGGUGUUGACAGGAGAUAAACAAGAAACUGCAAUUAAUAUAGGAUAUUCUUGCCGGUUGGUAUCACAGAAUAUGGCCCUUAUCCUGUUGAAGGAAGAUUCUUUGGAUGCAACAAGGGCAGCCAUUACACAGCACUGCACUGACCUUGGCAAUCUGUUGGGCAAGGAGAAUGACGUGGCCCUCAUCAUCGAUGGCCACACCCUGAAGUACGCGCUCUCCUUUGAAGUCAGAAGAAGCUUCCUGGACUUGGCGCUCUCCUGUAAAGCGGUCAUAUGCUGCAGAGUGUCUCCUCUGCAGAAGUCUGAAAUAGUGGACGUGGUUAAGAAGCGGGUAAAGGCCAUCACCCUUGCCAUUGGGGAUGGUGCCAACGACGUUGGGAUGAUCCAGACAGCUCACGUGGGUGUAGGAAUCAGUGGGAAUGAAGGCAUGCAGGCAACCAACAACUCGGACUAUGCCAUUGCACAGUUCUCCUACUUGGAGAAGCUGCUGCUGGUCCACGGCGCCUGGAGCUACAACCGUGUGACCAAGUGUAUCCUGUACUGUUUCUAUAAGAACGUGGUUCUCUACAUUAUCGAGCUUUGGUUCGCCUUUGUUAAUGGAUUUUCUGGGCAGAUUUUAUUUGAACGUUGGUGCAUCGGCUUGUACAAUGUGAUUUUCACUGCACUACCACCCUUCACGCUGGGAAUCUUCGAGAGGUCUUGCACCCAGGAGAGCAUGCUCAGGUUCCCACAGCUCUACAAAAUCACCCAGAAUGCAGAAGGCUUCAACACAAAGGUUUUCUGGGGUCACUGCAUCAACGCCUUGGUCCACUCCCUCAUCCUCUUCUGGUUUCCCAUGAAAGCGCUGGAGCAUGAUACUGCGUUGGCCAGUGGCCAGGCCACAGACUAUUUAUUUGUUGGAAAUAUUGUUUACACGUAUGUUGUUGUCACUGUGUGUCUGAAAGCUGGUUUGGAGACCACAGCAUGGACUAAAUUCAGUCAUCUGGCUGUCUGGGGAAGCAUGCUGAUCUGGCUGGUGUUUUUUGGCGUCUACUCAACCAUCUGGCCCACCAUUCCCAUUGCUCCAGAUAUGAAAGGACAGGCGACAAUGGUCCUGAGCUCUGCACACUUCUGGCUGGGAUUAUUUCUGGUGCCCACAGCGUGUUUAAUGGAAGAUGUAGCCUGGAGAGCGGCCAAGCACACCUGCAAAAAAACAUUGCUGGAGGAGGUACAGGAGCUGGAGACGAAGUCCAGAGUGAUGGGGAAGGCGAUGCUUCGGGACAGUAAUGGAAAGAGGAUGAAUGAACGUGACCGCCUACUGAAGAGGCUCAGCCGGAAGACGCCCCCCACUCUCUUCCGGGGAGGCUCCAUCCAUCAGUGUGUCCCCCACGGGUAUGCCUUCUCUCAAGAAGAGCAUGGAGCUGUUACUCAGGAGGAAAUCGUCCGUGCUUAUGACACCACCAAGAAGAAACUGAGGAAGAAAUAAGACGUGAGUCCUGAUUGACCCCAGGAAAGAGAUGCGGUUUGUUGCACCCAGUGUUAACACAUCUCUGUCAGAAGAGACUGGUGUCAGCAGCCAAAACACCAUAAAACCCAUUUCUGUGGCCUUAGCCAACCAGUUUGUUAGUUCCACGUUCCCUCACAAACCUUGAGUAGAUCCCACAGGGGAAGCCAUUUUGUUCCCUUCCAGUCCGUCCGCAGUGCUUGGCCUGACUUCUGUUUACGUUGUUCUGAAGCAUUCAGCUGUGCUCUGUGAGGUGUGAAAUUAAAAACGUUAUGUUCCACCAAUAUUUAAACAUCAGUACUAGUUGUUCUGGGAGAAAGGUGAGAAUUUUAUGUUGCGUGAGAAACCCGCCUUGCGGAAUUGGAGCGGGGGCACGCGUCCUUCCUGUUUUGUUCACUCACAGAGGAUGUCCGCCAGGCAGCAUGUAAACGCCACUGUAGGCAGGUUGAUGUCUUGCUUGGUUCCGAUUCCUCUCUCGUUUGUAUGAAGUGUGAUGGCAGUGAAAUCCCCAAAAUGUCUGUUAUCAGGCUGGUAACCCUGAGAAGGCGUCUCUGAACCUCUUCGCCACACUCCCGGCAGGGCAGGCGGGCCGCGGUUCGAGCAUCCUCCCGCACCCUUCCCAGGUGCCUUCUGGGCUGUCCGGGCUUCCCGCGUCCCGGACCUCCUGCAUGGCUGACCGCUGUGCUCAGCGCAUGGCAGCUGGUGCGCAACCAGCCCAACCGUGCACGAUUUCCUGUCCUAGCACAGACUCAGAUAUGGAUGCAGGAAAUCUCACCUGCCACCGCCCUUGUCCUAGAACUAAAGAAAAGAAGCCUAGCUAUUUGCGCAUAUUCUAAAUGUUUAUCUGGCUCUCCCAGGACAGGGAAGCCUGCAGGUCAGUGUGUGGUAGAAUGCUACGGCGCUCCCGCUCUGGUCAGGCUCUCCAUACUCAUUCCCCAACCUCCAGGCCACUGAACCUUGGGCAUUCACUUCAGUGAGACCCACACAUGUUUUCUUGGGAGUUCAGACCCCAUUUUGGACUUUCCCUGCUGGGAAACCAAUGGAUGUGCAGCAUGUCUCCCCAGAGAAGGGAUGCACCUAUCGCUCUGUAACUCUAAAAUCAGGCAGGAUGAGUGAACCCAGUGGGAGAGUUGGGGCCCCUGAGGCUGGUGGGGGAAGACCACCAUCAAAGGGGACAGCGAGAGGCAAGGAACACAGAGACCUGGGGAGGAAGACAGAGAGGACAUGUUAGCCAAGACUCCUCAGUGGACACUGAAAUCAAGCCCUGAAUCCCAGGCAGUUGUGAUGAUGCAUGCAGGAGGCUAAACAAGACGCUGGCAUGCAGUUUUAAGCAGCAACACUUCCAGACACUUCAAGGAAAUGCCCUUUUCUGUAUGGAUGAGGUUCCCAUCCUUAUCUAGUCAGUGGUAGGUGCAGGCACCUCCGAAAAGAAAGUGUCCUGACUCUAAGAUGAGGAGAAGUGCUGCAUCACUGACUUUCCAAACUUCUGGGCCCCGCCUUCUAAAUUUGGGCAGAACUUGCCUGCCCUCGGGCACGAACUAGAGCACCUGGAGCCCUUAAUGAAUGGCCAGCCUGGAGGCACGCUCCCUCCUCUGGGCCUUGGUUGCCAAACCAGGUUUUUGGAUGGCUUAACAUAAAUACUUCUGGGCAGCUGUUACUGCUUAGAAUGGCACCGUUCUUCUGGGGAAUGGCUGCGCUAAACUGGGAAAUAAAACAACAGUGCACUUUGCUUCCUCACCCGUUAUUUUUGGAGAAUCCACAUCUUAUUGGGCAUUGUAAUAACUUAAAGUAUGAUUUGCACGGACAAAGAAAACUAACCCUUUGCUUAUGACAUGACCAGGAUCCAGGGAGGGCUUAAGGGGAACCAGAACAUGCAGUGAACAGGUGAGGCUUAGAAAAUUGCCAUUCCUUCCUCCCUGAGUUGGUAAACCGUUUUUACUAGAGCACCCAGCGAAAUGAAUCCCUGAAGGGCUGUCGUGCAGGAAUUAGGACCCUCCCCCACAAAAUGUGCCUGAAUUAACACAACAGACUGAGGUAUGGGUCUUUAUUGGACACCCAGAGAAGUGAUAUCCUAAAAAUAGAGGAAAGACAAAAAUUUGAAUCAAAUGUUCAGUGGGCCUCCUCACUCUGGUUUCAUUUGGAACUAAGCCUCUGGAAAGGGGAACUCAAACUCAUUCUUUGUCAGACACUUAGCUCUUUCUUAAACUUGAAGCCUUCCAAACUAGAUUUGUGAAUUACAGUAUGUGUAUAUUUUGUUUGGGGUUUUUUGUUUUUUAUUUUUUAUUUUUUUAGGCUAAAAGACAGUUCACAUUUUCUGAGGUUUGAGUAUGUUUUCUGAUUCUUUUGACAACUGGACUAAACAGUGUUUGCGAUAAUGAAACACGCACAGAGAGGAAAAUAUUAGAUGGGAUGCCUUUCUAGUCUAUUAAUUCUCAUAGGCGAUCAAGCUAUCUGGUGGCCAAAUGAUUAAAUUGGGCUUCGAGGAGGAGCAGCUGUCACUAUGUGUGAUGUAUGAUAUUUAGCUGUGGCCAACUCAGGGGCUGUCAUUUGUCCUAUCUUCAAACUGAGGUCAGAGUGUCACACAGGCCCCUCCCCAGGGAGCGGGGUGGACUGGAGUAAGUUGCAUUCUCUGGCUGUCAGCUCAGUGGAAAUGCCACAUGGGACUUGUCACUCUGCCACAUGGUAAGUGACAUACAGGCUGGCAGGUUACACUUGGUCAGCACUAUAGGGCCGGCCUCUGCAUUGGGCUAAAGUAGCAGAAUCCACUGAGGCCUGGCCUUGGUCUGCUGUCAUACACAGACUACCGACUCUCAUUUAAGAGUGUGUGUUCCAUUCUGGCUGAGCUUGCAGGAGGAAAAGAGCAGCCCUUCCGUGCAUUAGCUCUGAGUUCCACCGCACACCAGCAGGGACCAGCAAGCAGGGCCGGGGAAAGUGCCCAUUAAAAAGGCAUGAUGGGAGAACAGACUAAACCAACCAUUUCUGCCUGGUUGUCAGAAGCAAUUUCAGGGCUUAUCAGAAUGGGCUUUGUAAGAAUUUUCGGGUGUGGCUGAUGCGUCCAUCCUGCCUCUCUGUGGAAUAUUCAGGACUUCUUGACCAGUGUUACGUUCGCCCAUCUCCCGGCACACGUGUGGUCAUUUGGGGGUGGGGAUUAGUAGAGUAUACAAAACCUGUGCUUUGGAGAAAGGAGAUGCUGUUGCUUUAACAUUUGUAGAGUAAUAUCCUCAAACACGAACCUGAGUUUUGGCAGAGCAUGGCUGGGAACUCUGUUGACAUUUUCUUUUCAUUGACAAGGCUUCGGGUCUUGCUGUAGGGAGCUGGCAGUGAAAAUCGGUGAUAACUUGUCAAGAAGCAGUGAAUAAUGGGGGGAAAAAAGUGAGUAUGAGUAACUAAUGUCUGAAAAUGCAUAUAGAUGUAUAUAUUACAGGCGUUGCGGUUGCUUUUUUUUUAAAGAAAGUCUGUAAUCUCCAUUUGUUAUAACAAUGACCCUUUAUGUCAUUUCUUGAAGAGAAUUUUUUAUCCUACUUCUGUUCCUAGGGGUUUAUGUCUCAGAUGAUAAGCUGAAUAGAAUGUUCGCAUAGCUCUGCAAGGGGAUAAGGUAGUCUUUCGGCUUGAACAUGGGAAGGAAGUGCACACGUUUCAGCUGGCAUUUGGCUUACUACCAAGGGUCGUUGUCCCAAGGUAAUUCAAGGAGCAGUCCGGCCUCAGCAUUUGAAAUGUAGACUUCAUCUCCAGGGAUCCAUAAAAAAUGGGAACAGGGAAACUGUGGUUAAGCAGAGCCCAAAAUAAUAACCUGGCGAAGAAAUGAGUUUAGCAGAUCAAGGUAAAAGAUGGCAUCCCCCAUCAGAUUUGCUAAAUACUUUCUUCAUUCCAAGGCUUUUCUUAGCUAAUUUAGUAAUGCUGGAGACAGUGAAAAGGCAGCUAUCCCCUCUCAGAGGGAAAACGUACAUCUGCUAUCUAUGCUGCUGGUUCUCCAUCGGCUCAAGACAGUUCUUGGUCUCAACACAGCCUUGGGGGAGUUUUUGUAGCCUCGUCCUGGCCACUUGCCCAUCCUCCAAGGCAGUGAGGAUGGCACUGAGGAUUUGCAGUGGGACAUAGAGGUGAGAGUCCGUAAGUAUCCCCGAAAGAAAGAGAUCUGAAAUACUCGAACCUGAUGCAUUGUCCUCAUGUAUUUUUUCUCAGCAUCCCAUAUCGUCCCGCAGUACACUUUUCCUUGGACGUUAAAGAGCUUCCCUGAAUGCCAGGCCUCCACUAGCGCUCUGUGAAAGGCUCUCUCUUAGCUUGUUAGGUCUGAGUGUGGCCACCCGGCAUGUAGGCUUCAACGGGAAGAAAAGGCUACUGAGCCCACAUGUUCAGAAGCUGUGACACACAAGGGGGCAGAAAAGAGGGGCGAGCUCACCCCGUUGCCCCACCCCAAGCAUAAUCCAUAGCUGUUCACUCUGACAAGCGCCUCUGCCCCCCUGAUUGAUGAGAGACAAAAGAGUGAUUCUUUGAACACUGGCUGGCUCAUUUUCAAUGACAAUCUCUUGCCCUAGUUGCCUUAGAGACUCCACUCUGCUCUUUCUCUCAGGCUCCAGACCAAGAAAAACAUGCUCCCAAGAUUAGCCCAUCGGCAUUUCUUCUGACCUGGCUAAAGAAAGAAAGGAGACCUGUUCCUUUUAAAAGUCAGGAACAAAGUGUCAGGUGGCUUUGAUUUAUGACAGAAAUAGGAAGAAGAAAGUUGAGGUAAUAGCGCUAUCCAAAUAACCCUGCCCAGGAAACUGAGGGGUCAAGAGAGCUUAUCAAUGGCCUUUUAUAGGCCAGCUCUUCCAAGUAGCAGAGAAGGGGCCAGAAGGGGCCAGAAGGAGGGGGACAGCCUGAGAGGAUGUGAACCCACUUCCGAUGGCGUCGGAUUCAGUCAUCCCCGAAGACCACCACGCAACCAUGGGUGGACCAGUAAAUACCAGUUAAAAAUCGGGAAAAGAGAAUCUGCCCUGUCCUAGGGCUUCUCUCCUUCCCGCAAGAUCCCCACGCAAGUGGGUACUUUGCAGGUUUUUCGUUAAUAAAAUCAGUGUGUGUGCCGACACGUGCAUUCCUCUGCCUUCCUUCUCCCAUGUUGCCAGCGAUUGCUGAGUUCAGAAGCGUGCCCGCUGCUUCCCUAGGAAUCCUCCCUCUGAAGGUCCCUGCUACCACCCGACCAGCUGCAGGGGUGGGGCCCUGGGGGCUCCUCCAGGAGCAGCUGGGUCUGCAGACCUCGUGCACCCUCUCUCCUGCAGGUCAGUGAAUUGCUGGUUGAACGCAACAUCUUUGUGGCGUCUUUCUCAAGCCAGCGAAGCCGUGUGCCCUCCUGUCUGCUUGUCGCAUCUGUGCUCAGAUUGCUUAAAUAUUGUUUGCGACAGGGAGGUUUUAAUCUGGUUAUGCAGAGGGAAGCAGGGCUGUGGGGCACGUUUAAUUGGCUCCCAGCAGAGUAGUGAGUGCGUCUAUGGAGUGUGGGGGGGUUUUUGUUCCCUCCCUCUAGAAGUGUUACCAUUUUCACGUCCUAUUAAUGUCCUCUGGUUGUUAAAUUACAGCCGCACGUUAUAGCGGAGCUGGGGUUCCCUCCUGGAGUGAAUACAAAUGAAGGGCACUUAUUUGUAUUUUUAGAGGUUUUGGAAAAUGUAGUGAUUUGUGGCUUUGAUCAAUCCUGUUGACUGGUAUAUGUCUGCCCAAACCUGUUUCAAAUAAAUCUUUUGUUAAAGUAAA